AUGGUUAAAUGGACAUGCUCAGUACUGAGCUUCUGGGCUCCGAAAACGUAUUUUACAGGUUUCAGAGUGGAUUCCUUUGAGGAUGAAUUACCAGCAAUUAAACCAAUUGUGAUUUCGCCAGAAGAACAAGAAGUCGGCUUUAAACAAGAGGAAAAGAUAGAGAGCGGUGUGCUGGAUGUGGGCGAGUUGAUGGCCCGACUCCGCCACCAUAUCUUGGUCAACAGAGUCAGGACUGUUGACUUCAUUGAGGACUUUGACCCUUUGCGCAGUGGAAGAAUCCCUACUUCAGUCUUUAGGAGGGUUCUUGGUAUGAUAGGAUUUGACCCAGAACUAAAUGAUGCUCAAUUCAAUGCUCUGGCGAAUUGUUAUGAAGAUCCCUUUAAACCUGGCCAUAUUAUAUGGACUAAUUUCACCAAAGACAUUGACUCAGUGUUCACCAUCCCUGAAUUGGAGAAGGCACCAACUGUAAAGGUUCCACCAUUAGAGACUUACCUGCUGCCCAAGGUUGGCACAGUGGAUGCAGACGUCUUAAACGCUCCGGAGAGAACUCAGUUCGAAUCUUUGAUGUGUCGUCUGAAGGAGCGAAUCAGCCACAGGCGUCUCAUAACACUUCCCGUAUUCAAUGAUUUUGACAAGGAAAACAAAGGCCACUUGUCUCGGUCUCAGUUUCAUCGAUCUCUUGCUCUGCUGAAUAUAGAAGUGCCAGAGAAUGAGGUGGAUUUGCUGGAGAAAGUGUUCUCAGAUGAACUGGGUGUCAACUAUGUCAGAUUCCUGGACCAAGUAGAUCCCCAGCCGAAGCCUGAAGAGAUGUAUGACAAAUUGAUGGAUGAGAUUCAGCAGCUGAACGAUUUUAAGGGAAUCCAUGAACUGGGGGCCUCGAAUGACAUUAACUGCAUCUUAGAAAAGAUUAAAACCAAGGUGUACAGAAACCGGGUCAGGAUUGGUGAUCAUAUGAAGGACUUUGACAAGUUGAACAGUGGACGUAUUCUGAAGAAUAACUUCAGAAGAGCACUCAAUUUAGACGGGUUCGAACUGCAACCUUCAGAAAUGGCAAUACUUGAAAAAGCAUACGAAUCCUGCAAGGAGCCAGACUAUGUUGAUUAUAAGGUGUUCAUCAAUGAAAUUGAAUCUAUUUUUACACUUGAUCAUCUUGAGAAGUGUCCUCAAACUGAGGUGAUCGAGUACAAGCCACCUCCAGACUGGACCCUCAACACACUGUCUGCGGAAGAGAUCUGUGUUUUAGAAGAUGCCAUGAAUCGGCUGGCGGACAAGGUGGGGAAGAAACGAGUCCAGCUCUUCCCGCUGUUCGAAGACUUCGACCGCCUGAAGAUCGGCAGUGUCUCACAGCCGCAGUUCCACCGUGUGCUGGCCGAGUUGGAUCUGGAUAACGUGCUCAGCCCAAGAGACGUCCGUGUCCUGAUGAAAAGAUUCUGGGUGAAGAUCGGCACUGAAGACGAUGUCAACUACAACGCGUUCUGUGAUGCCGUGUACGAUGCAGCCAACAUGGACAAGAGGAUCCCUUAGCCAGGAACUGGGCGCGGAACAAUCUCACCCUACCCCCCCCCCCUCCUCCUCCUAUCCCAUCCCCACACUGUAAUCCUCAUUCCCAAGAAAAGAUUCAGUAACAUUGAGAAUAAAGGAGGAAAAGUCAACGACUUUUUCAUACAACACAGUUAGUCCCAGCCGAUAUAGACUACAAUGAUAUUUUGCACUUUUGAAAUUCUCUACCUUCCAUAAAAUGUAACUAUGUGUGGUGUUUUCCAUGAUCUUUCUAAAGCUUUUUUAAUGAAGUAAGUUAUAUAUUCUUUGGUUACACAUGUUUGAGGUUAAACUAUAACUCAGUCUGCUCGUCUGAAUGGAUGUAAAAGAUCUUGGGCACUACCUGGCUACUGCUUUGCCUGGAAACCUUGGCGAAUGUUCAUCCCUCAAUCAACAGCACUGCAAGGGCAAACUGGUUACUAUUCAGUAAGGCCCUCGCUGUUUGUGCUCUGGUUGCCAUAAAGACAUUUGUUACAGAAGUAACAAACGGAAAAUCGAACUCAUUCAUUGGUUGUGAAGAACUUGGAGACACCUUCAGGAUGUGAAAGUUGCUUUAAGAGAGGGCUCUGCUAAUAACUGAUGGCUAAAGCAGUGAGUGGUAACUUCACAAACCCGUACCUCAUGGCUGAAUGCCUCAAGAAAGACCUUAGCAGGUACGGCGAGAUACGGGGAGUGUGCUCGCCAUUCCAGAUGCAUGUGGACAACUUACAAUCGCCUCAACUCAUGGGCCAAGUCCAGAGUUAGUGCAGAAACCUGUUCUUUAUCUACAAAAUGACCCCCACACUCAGGUAAUGGAGAUGCACUGUUGCAGA